UGUUUUCGAUGUGGGGAAUAUAAAUACAUAAUACACUGAGUGUGAUAAAGAGAUGCUGUCGUUAGAUUUACUAUCCGAUUUACUAACCGAAUAAUAGAAAUAUUAUUUUAACGUCGGUUAAUGGAACCGCACUUCUAUACGAUACAGUACGCGUUUUGGUGUUUUUUCCUCAUUAAUCGUAACCCAAACACCCACGUAUUCAUUACGACCCUUAGACUUAAAUGAGCAUUUAUCGCUCCAGAUAAUUGCGAUCAGUCCGGCCAAUGUUUCUGUCACACCUAUUGUUCAUUCAUCGUGCCGUUCCUUGGCGUCUUUUGUGUUAUUUGCACCGAGUAAACCAUAAGAUUUUUUUUAAUUAUCACCCUUAUUAGUUUAAUUGUUUUCCCGGUGACUUCAUCUUUUAUAAAGAGGUAUUAAGCUGAACGUAUUUUGGUCUUUAUUGUUUAGUGUAAUAAGCGUGGCUGUGUGUAAACAAGCGAACCGGAUUAACCCUUUGCUUGCCGCCUCUCGCGCAGUACAUGAUGUAGUGAUGUGUGUGGUGAGACUGUAUAAUCAAUCGCCUUUAUCGAAACGUUUUCAAAUCCCACAGCAACAAAGACGAUGCAGAGGAGUGCUAUGAAUAUUUCUUAUUCUCCUGAACUUAAACCAUGCCUGUUGAUGUCUGUUUCAGAUUUGAUUCAUCAUAUUGUAACGGGUCUGUUUGCAUACACCGAGUAUUAUUGUAAUGAAUGGAGAUAAACGAAAAGUCGGAACUCAGUGGCUUUUAAAAGAUAGUGGGGACACGAUUGAUUCAGAAGUUGGUAUGUGCAUCAGUGGACAAGGAGAAAGAGACAUCAGCCGUGGAUAUCUUUAACGUAUGUUAAACACCUCUUCUUCGAGAGCAAUGAAGGUUACUGGAUGACAUCUCACAAACCUGCACCGCUGACAGUCUGCCAACAGAUGUUAGGAACGACUCUUGUGAAGGGAAGAUUAAAGAUCUACUGAUUCAGGGGCAAGAGGGCAAGAGAGAGGGGUGACUCGCGUGAAUGGGAAGUACUUCCUAAUUGGCCCCAUCUGGUCCCACCCUAAUCCCCCCCAACCUCAGCCCCUGAGCUCGCGUUGCCAUGACGUCCACGCUGCAGACGCUGGCCUUCAAGCUGGCCCCCCCAGCACGGGACAGCAGCCCCGAGCGGCUCUAUAGCUGUGAGGAGCGGAUCGAGCGGCGCUACGAGAUCGUGCCUUCGGUCGUCUGCUCCAUGUGCUGCCUCUUCGGCAUGAUCUACUGCUUCUUCGGCUACCGCUGCUUCAAGGCGGUGAUGUUCCUCACGGGCCUGAUGUUCGGCUCCGUCGUCAUCUUCAUGCUGUGCUACAAGGAGCGUGUGCUGGACACGCAGCUGAACGCGGAGGCGAGCGCGGGCAUCGGCCUGGGCAUCGGCGUGCUCUGCGGCCUGGUCACCAUGCUGGUGCGCAGCGUCGGCCUCUUCAUGGUGGGCCUGCUGCUGGGGCUGCUGGUGGCGGUGGCUGCGCUGCUGACCAUGGAGGAGUUCUACCACCCGCGCACGGUCUGGGUGCCGCUGGGCAUGCUCCUGGGCUCCGGCAUGCUCUUCGCCGUGCUGGCGCUCCGCUGGGAACGCUGCUUCACCACCCUCUCCACCGCCGUCUUUGGUUCCGCUGUCAUCACGGUCACCGUCGACUACUUUGCCGAACUCUUCGCGCUGGUGCACCACGUCUACGAGCGGAUCAAGGUGGCCCCGGCCCAGCCCGUGUGCUGGUUCACCUGGGUUGUCCUGGGGGUGUGGCCCGUCCUCACAGUGCUGGGUAUCGUAAUCCAGUGGAAAGUCACUGGGGAGGGGUACUCUCACACAGAGGUGAUCAUCAGCCGGCAGCAGCGUCGAAUUCAGCUGAUGCGGAUACGUCAAAAGGAGGAGUGGAGGGAGAGGAGGAAGAGGAGGAAGAAGAAGAAGCAGCAGCAGCAACAACAACAACAGCAGCAGCAGCAGCAGCAGCAGCAGCAGGAACAGCAGCCCCACACCACGCACACACACCCGGCCAAGCCCCUCCCCACAGACCCCGCCUACCGCAGGAAGCCCAACCCCAUUCGCCGCUUCGACGGCGAUGUGCUGUCGCCGAGUUACAUCCAGAGUUUCCAGGACAGGCAGGUGGACAGGCGGAGAUACCCUCGUGGUCGACUCAGGGGGGGGCCUCACACCACCAUGGACCUGGACUAUGAUUAUGGCUCCACGGUGCCCCUGACUGCCUCCGGGUGCCCGGCAGUGAGGGUGUAGCCCUGCAGGAGUGGGCCGGCGUCGUGGCCGCACUGAUAUUCUUCUGGCAGCAUGAGAAGCGGAUGAAAGCCCCGCCUCCCUUCCCAGCAUGCCCCGUUGGGCCUAAGGCCACGGUCAGAUUCUUUGCUAGCCGAGUGUCCUGAGCAAAGCCUCCCCCGGACCCCGUCACCCCAAAGGCCCAUAUUUACUAGGCAUUUCCCAUGGUUUAGACACGGCAGAAUAAUGGCUAUAUGUAUGUGUCAUAUUUCAUAAAGGAAGUGAUUUCAUUACUAGCUGUCUGUAAGCAUGCAUAUACAUUUGAAUGUAAAUGAUGUGGAAAUUAAUUAAAUACAUAUGUAAUGGUAAAGGUAAUGCAAAUGAAACCGUUGGGUGCCAUAAGGAAAAAAACAUUGCCCGUAUAUUGCCCAUAUCUGUAAACCAAGUAGUACCUGCCACUUUAACUGAGCUUGAAAUGUUAUUGGUCAGAAUGUUUUUAAAGUAAAAUUGCAAACUCAGUAUGUCUAUUACCUAUUGAAAUAAGGGUUAGGGUUAAGCCGAUAGCUUAGUAAAUAUGGGCCCCAGCUGUAAAAGUCUAGAACCCUUGAUGCCCCUGGACUCUGCAUGAGGCAGCUCCCUGUUUCUUUAGUCCUCUGAGUACCUUAACGUCCAGGGAGAACCUGAACCACAACCAAAACGACAGCAUUCCGUCAUCUUCUUAACCUUGAAAGAUGCCACAUUUUAUUACGAUUUUCCACAUUUCAUUCCAGUUCCUCUUAAAGAGGGAAUGUUUGUAAUGCUAACAUCUACUGAAGGUGAUGAUUUCAGAUUACAAGAAGUCACUCUCCACCAAGCUCUGUAAUCUGUGAGUUGUGCCCUGGUCCUGUGUUCACAGCAAAGAGUUGGUCAGUUUUUACACUAGAACUAUUAAAAGGCACUUUGGGGACCAGUAUUGUGUUUCUGCCCCAGUCUCGGAAUAACACAGCAUUAACCUCUAGGACGUGCCGCUUUCAGCCAUGCUGCCCCCUUGUGACUGCCGUGCUCUUGCUGUCUGAAACCUCUCCUCGCUGGCCUCAUGUAACAUGAGUCCCGUUCUUUUUUCAGGCCCUUGUCUCUGCCAACUGACAGGAAAGAUAUUUUUGCAAAUCCAACUAUACUAGAAGCCAGCCAAAACCGAUCUCAGGAAUUCCUUCUCAAAGGCUUGUGGGAAAAGGCUAGAAUUGAGGAAAGGGCCUGUGUGUGUGUGUGUAUGUGUGUUUUUUUUUUUUUUUUUGCUGAAAUAGGCACAGAACGGUCUUAGGAUGAUAAAGCAGCAGUCUGAUUAAAGCAGAAUCGUUUUGGCUGCAGUGGGCUCAGUGGUCCCCUGUACAACAGAACCCAGGAUAGUGAACUGGGGUAAUGACCACCAAGCACAAUGCACUGAAGGCUCUGCCUGUACUCGAGGCUUAGGAUUCCCUGGCUGCCUAACUGGCAAAAAGUCCAUUUAAGACACUUGAAAGUUAUGUGUAUAGGUGACAGUUUACAUGUGUAUCUUUCUGUAUAUAAUAGACUGUUGAAGAGACACAUUGUGGCAAUGGGCGGAGAGGUAGGGGGCGAAACAUGGAGGCAGCCCCUUCCCAGUUCCGUGGUUCCUUAUGAGACCUUCCAGGAAAAGUGCAUGACCAUGUUGUUCUAGUGUGAUCCUAUCUUUUUAUCUGGAAGGUUUGAGUGGCCGUCCCUGAUUUGUAAGGGGCGAACAGCAGUCCUCACUUGGGCUUUCAGUAUUUUGUAAAGCGCUAACCUUUAUUGUAUGUAUACAUUGUGCUGUACUCUUGAUGUCACUGUUACACUGAAAUUUCAGUUAGGGUUUUUUCCACUUUUGCAUUGAUUAAUGAGUCUGGUAUGAGUGUAUGAGGUGUUAAUGCUUAUAGUUCUGUAGAUUUGGGUUCUUGUAAAAGUAUGAUCCUUAUUUAAAUUGAUUUUCGAUUCAUGUAUACCUCUCUGCUCUGAAACAAUGUUGCUGAAACAGCUCAAUGAUUGGAACCAUGGAGGUCUGAACAUGUUUUUUAAAUUAUUUUAUUUAUUGCUGUUGUACUAAAAUGUGUCUUUGUAUGGAACCAAUAAAAAGAUGUGAUUUUACACCUUG